AUGGUUUUACUUUUUUUUUCCUCUCUCUGUCUGCUCUUUUUUCCUCUCUCUCUCUCUGUCUGCUCUUUUUUCCUCUCUCUCUCUCUGUCUGCUCUUUUUUCCUCUCUCUCUCUCUCUGUCUGCACUUUUUUUUCUCUCUCUCUGUCUGCUCUUUUUUCUCUCUCUCUGGGCUCUUUUUUCUCUCUCUCUCUGGGCUCUUUUUUCUCUCUCUCUCUCUGUCUGCUCUUUUUUUUUCACUUUCUCUCUGUCUGCUCUUUUUUUUUCACUUUCUCUCUGUCUGCUCUUUUUCUCUCUCUCUCUCUGCUCUUUUUUCCUCUCUCUCUGCUCUUUUUUCCUCUCUCUCUGCUCUUUUUUCCUCUCUCCCUGCUCUUUUUUUUCCUCUCUCUCUCCCUGCUCUUUUUUUUCCUCUCUCUCUCCCUGCUCUUUUUUUUCUCUCUCUCUCCCUGCUCUUUUUUUUCCUCUCUCUCUCCCUGCUCUUUUUUUUUUUUCCUCUCUCUCCCUGCUCUUUUUUUUCCUCUCUCUCUCCCUGCUCUUUUUUUUCCUCUCUCUCUCCCUGCUCUUUUUUUUUCCUCUAGACUUUAUUUUUUCUUUGUUCAUUUAGUAACGUAUUAUUUGUUACGUGUUACUUCAUUCUUUUUUUUUUUCCUUUUCCAUUAA